GUCUGUGUAAGGUAACAUUCAAGAGCGGUUCAACUAGCUAAUGUUCGAAUUGCAAACAUUUUUGUUUUGAUUCAGAAUAGCUCUUGACUCGGUGUGCUGUGGGUGUCCUUUGUGUUCUGUAUAUUAAAUAACGAUUAAUAAUAAUUUAUAUUAAUAAAAUUACAUUAUAUAAUAAUUAUUUACUUCAGUUUCAAAGUGAUUGUGUGAAUUAUUUAAAUUAUAAGUGCAGUAGGUAACUGCGUUGAAGGAUCGACGUUAUCGUGGUAUUCAGAGAUCGUGUAUCGUUAAAUAUCAUCGUUAAAUUCAGAGAAUGUUCGAAGUAAGAGAUAAGGUAUUUUUCGUGACCGGCGCAGCCGCGGGCAUUGGUGCCGGCAUUGUUAAGGCGUUUUUGGAAGAAGGAGCAAAACACGUAGCAGCACUAGAUGUUGACAUAAACAAUGGCAACGCUUUAGAAAAAGAACUGAGAGAAAGAUAUGGAAACGAUAAAAUCAAGUUUUACAAAUGUGACGUCACAUCAGGCGAGUUAGAUGCAGUUUAUGAUAAAGUACUUAAUGACUUCGAGUAUAUUGAUGUUGUCAUUAAUUGUGCUGGUAUAAUGAAUGAUAGACCUAAUGUGUAUUUGAAAGAGAUUGAUAUUAAUGUGACUGCCUUAAUAAGAAGUUCUUUCAAAGCAUUCGAUUUAAUGCGUGAAGACCAGGGUGGAAGAGGUGGCACGAUCAUAAAUAUUUCUUCAAUUGUGGGAUUGUUCCAAGCACAUCUUCUUCCAGUGUAUACCGCUACAAAGAGUGCAGUGCUGCAGUUCAGCAAUUGUCUUGGAAAAGAGCCACAUUACACACGGUCUGGAGUCCGAGUACUCACAAUAUGUUUUGGGUGUACUGACACAAGUUUAUUCAGUGCCUCCAAAAUGGGAGGUUUCGAUAAAGCAACUGACGAAUUACUCUUCAAGAGUUUAGGAGGAUUACCGAUGCAAACGAUUCAAUCAGCUGUGGACGGCCUGGUCCACGCUUACAAGCAUGGUGCAAGCGCCAGCACCUGGCUGAUCACAUCAAACAGGCCUGCUGAAGAUAUCACCAACAACGUUUCCGUAGGAUACGAGGUGAUGAGCCAAGGAGUAUUUAGUUAAACCCUGAUUAGUCUUUUUUAUCAAAGGCUAUA